AUGGCAUCAGAUCGCAUAUCCCCGCCAUCAGCCUUACUCUUGCUACCCCCUCCGCCAUCCAUCACUUUCGACCAAUUUCGAACUGUCUAUGAGAAAACCUUGUCUGCAGCAUUCAGCAAUCUCUUGAAAAGCCUCAAUGGAUCAAAUCGCAUUGCGUCACUAGACAUCGCUCUGUCUCUACCGGGUCUGCAAUCUGCACCAUGUCAGCCCCCAGCAAGAGCUUUUGCAAGCCUACAGCGCAUCGUGGAACACGCCUACAGGCUCAUUGGGGCGGUCUCAAUCGAGCGAAAUGUUGAGAUGGAAGCACCCGGCGGCAUCGAUUCGCGGGUGAUUUUGCUAGAUUUCGAUUCGGUGCGAACCUCGGAAUAUGUACACAAAGGCUCUGUCGCUGCCGAAUGCAAUGGUCCUAUCAUCGACGUUAGAACUCUGGCAAGCUCGGGGCGUCUAUGGGAUAACAUUUUUUAUCCCGAUACUCCAGUAGGUCAGGAUCUCGCGACGGCAUUCAAUAAAUUUUAUGCUGCAAAUGGCGGGACCCUUCGACGACUGUCGGAAAUAGCCCAAUGGACUCCGGGCGAAAAUCUGGUGGUUCCUGGGGAGACGUCCGAGUCAGUCUUGCAUCAUUCAGUCAUCUUGGGCGGCACGUUCGAUCACUUUCACAUUGGGCACAAACUGUUACUCACGGCGACCGCACUAGUCUUACAGCCGGCAGGAAUCGGCCAGGCAGGUCGGGAGAGGACCAUCACAGUCGGCGUGACAGGUGAUGACAUGCUGAAGAACAAAAAGUAUGCCCAGUUCCUGGAGAGCUGGGAGGAACGGUGCCGGAACACAGGGACAUUCUUGACAUCAAUCAUGGACUUUGGACCUCCCGAAACAAGCGCAUCACACGUUGAACAGAUCUAUAAGCCUGGCCCGAACGGCAGGGCCAUGGUGAUGAAGAUCCGACCUGGGAUAACCUUGCGACUGGUGCAGAUACUCGACCCAUACGGACCAACCAUUACCGAGGAGAAUCUAAGCGCCUUGGUAGUCUCCAAAGAGACUCGCUCGGGUGGUGCCGCUGUCAACCAGGAGCGAGCCAAACGGGGGUGGAAGCCGCUCGAGGUUUUUGAAGUCGACGUAAUCCACUCGGGCGAGGUGGCUACCGGCGAGGUCGAGGAUUUCGCAUCCAAGAUCAGCAGCACGGAUAUCAGACGACGGCGAAUGGAGCUAGCCAUGAUAUAG